AUGAAUAUUGAAGGUGAUGAUCCUUGGCGCAGGCCUCAUGUUUCCCAAGCUGCAGAAAAUGUUUGGUCUGGAGAGAAUAAGGGAUCCAUAAGUGAUACCGUUAUUGAUAACUCACCUUCCCUACUAUCACAUGACCCAUUUGGACCAACCACCUUGAACGAGCCAUCUCUUUCCGCUGAAGUUAAGGAAACUAUAAGGGUGAAUUAUAAUGAACGCAACAUUAAUAAUACUGAUAGUUCUACGAUGGAACAAAGUGUAUGGGGACAAGCUACCACCUCUUUUAAUAAUAUAAAUUCAUCAGCUUUAGACAAGCUUAAUUCAGCAGGCAAUGAUGCGGCCUCAGAAAAUGGAUCUAAAAGCGAACUCUUGGAUAGUUGGAUAGAAAGUGUACGCAAAACAUUUGUUCCUUUAUCAAGCAAUAUUGUGGUGGUAGAAAAGAUUCCGGAGAGGGAAGGAAUACUUUUCAAGCAUACAAACUACUUGGUGAAACAUUUAAUUUCGCUACCUAAUACUACCCCCUCUCCUGAUAGAACAGUAAUCAGAAGAUACUCGGAUUUUAGCUGGCUACAAGAGGUUUUACUUCAAAGAUAUCCAUUUCGAAUGAUACCUGAAUUACCUCCAAAGAAAAUUGGAACUCAAAAUUCAGACCCUGUAUUUCUUGCAAGGAGAAGAAAGGGAUUGACUAGGUUUAUUAAUCUUGUAAUGAAGCAUCCUGUAUUGCGGAUCGAUGAUCUUGUCCUGACUUUUUUAACGGUGCCGACAGAUUUAUCUAGUUGGAGGAAACAAGCGAAUUAUGAUACCUCUGAAGAAUUUACUGAUCAAAAAAUUGACAAAGCCUUCUUAGGUAUGUGGCAUAAGGAUCUCAGUGUGCAAUGGAAUAAAGCGGAUGAAAACAUUGAUGGGUUGUUAGAGUCAUGGAUCAAAAUAUCAGUACUUGUUGAAAGAUACGAAAAACGAAUGAAGCAUGUAUCAGAAGAACGGAGAAUAUUGGGUACAAUAAUGGAGGAAUUUAGUGCUAACUCGAAUGCGUUAUAUCCACUGGAUUUGAAUAGCAUUAAUGAUAUCAAUAACCAUAUAAAUAUUGUGUCAAAACAUCUUCACAAAUUGGCGGAUAUCUCCGAAAAUGAGCAGGAAGAAGUUGAAGAAGAAUUAUCUGUGAAGUUUAAAACUUUUAUUGAUUUCAUUUUAGCGCUAAAAGGUGUAUUUGAAAGGUACAAAAUGAUGGCUGGAAACAAUAUCCCACAGCUUCAGAGACGAGUGGAGAUUAAUCUUGAUAAAUUACGUGCCAUUGAAGGUAAAGCUGACACGAAGGGUGCGGAAUACGAAAGAAUUAAGGGAGUCAUUCAAAGAGAUAAAAGGACCAUUACGGAUCAAUUAAACAGGUCAUGGCUAAUCAGGAAAUGCAUCCUGGAGGAAUUUGUUAUAUUUCAAGAGACACAAUUUGUUAUAACUAGCAUCUUUCAGGAAUGGGCGAAGAUGCAUACAAAAUAUGUAAAUGAGCAUACAGAGUGUUGGGAGAGGUUAUAUUCGAAUAUGGAGGAUAUGCCCUUUGCAAGAAAUAUUUAA